AUGGUGAGAGAAGUGGCGGAGAGCUGUGUAGACACUAUGUUGAUGGAAAUGGUGGCCAUGUAUAGCGGCCGAUUCUACGCUAACAAGCCGGAACUCGCCGCUCGUAGGAUCGAGGCCAUUGGUUAUCAGGUCGGCCACCAGCUCUCCGAGAGGUACACUAUGGAAAGACCAAGGUUCAGUGACCAUCUAGAGGCGAUCAAGUUUAUCUGCAAAGACUUUUGGUCUGAGGUCUUCAAGAAGCAGAUAGAUAAUCUAAAGACAAACCACCGGGGUACUUUUGUAUUGCAAGACAACAAGUUCCGAUGGCUAUCACGCGUCUCAGUUGAGCCAUCACCUGAGAAAGAAACGGAAGAUCCGUCAACUCCAGGGGAAAGCAAAGCAGCACAAGCGGUGAGCAUGUACCUUUAUUUCCCAUGUGGGAUCAUAAGAGGUGUUCUCUCCAACUUGGGGAUACCUUGUGCUGUCUCUGCAGACAUUUCAAGCCUUCCCACUUGCUCUUUCGUAAUUCGGGUCAAGGCUUGA